AUGAACCACCUUGAAGAUUUCGAGAACACGCUGAAAGAUGUCGUUAAUGCAAAACGACUGUCAGCUUCCAAGAUGACCAAAUUGACUGAGAUUGCACUGAAGUCCGUGGAGCACGACACUAAGCUUGUUGCGAUACUUUAUCGCACUCACAAGUCACUGUCUAGUACUGCCAAGGUGUCAAGUCUUUAUGCGUUUGAUGCUUUAGCACGUGCUGCCCGAAGUUAUGCCACAAAGCGCGGUAUCACCGGUGACAUGAAUUCCAGGACUGGAAACGCUGCCACCUUCCUACUCAAAGUUGAAGGUGUUUUAGAUGGUCUGUUCCAGGACAUGAUUGCGCUUGAUAAUGCGGAAGCGAAGGAAAAGACGAAGAAAGUUCUGGAUAUAUGGACCAAAUCAAAUACUUUUCCUUCGCCGGUUUUGACACGGCUGAGGGAGAUGAUGGACUCUCGAAAAGGUGCAUAUCACGAAUCAAACAUGUGUCCGCUAAGUAUUUCUUCUGCUUGUGUAAUAGCUAUUUUUGCUGGCGGUCCAACGCCUCCUCUUCCAGAAUCGGUGCAAUCCACACUUCUGGCCCUGCUUGGACAAGCUGCACAAGCCGCUGGGCAGCCACGCAUCCAAACACCACCAAACAUUGUGCCUGCCCCACCCCCACCCCUCACUGGGCACCUAGCGUUGUUGCAACAACUGGCUUUGACAGCAAACGUCCCAAAUGGUGGUACUCCAUCGCAGUCUGCAGUCCAACUCCCGUCUGCGUCACAGCGUCCUCCUCCAUCUCAUUUAAACAUUCACCCACAACCUUAUUCUUCCUCACAGUCACACGCCCAGCAUGAUCCUGGUAGAGAUUCUUGGCAGGGUCGUUCCAGCCAAUUUGAUCAUGGGAGAGAGCGUGAUGGAUUCCACGAUUCCAACACACGCGGGGGAUUCCAGCGUGGUUUUCGUGGUCGUGGUCGGGGUAGGGGUAGAUGGGAUGACCGUGACCACGAUCGUUUCAAAGAUAGGGAUUGGAAUUCUUCUUCACGGCCAAGAACUAGCCGUUCCCGAAGCCCGCGCAGAUUCAAUGGGCAGCGGCCACGACCGUAUAGUCCGCCUCAGAGACCUGCAGCAAUCAGAGAUGUAGCCCAAAAUCAAAUUUCAGCGAAACUCCCUGAGGCGGGAAAAGACGAGUUUGGACGAGAUAUUAGACCGUCUUCUGCCACUCCUCCUAGAGCUGCAUCAGUCGAUGUUCAACUCCAGCCUCCGAUGGUUCCAUCUGUAGUCCCUGCCCGUACGGCGGCACCCGAAAAUCGUGUACCUGUAUCAGACCAGUUGCCCUCGGUAGCUGCCAGUACAUCUACACAGAAAGUCGAACCUCGUAAACCGAGUUCGGCGCCUGCGCUGCAGCAACUAGGACUUGAUCAUUUUGAUAUCACAACGUUUGAUUUCACUGCACCCUCAUCGUGGGAAGCAUUGGGAAAGAUGUGGCACAGUACUUACGGCGAUACACCGUCUCAAGAAGAACUCAUGCAGUUUGUAAUGACGGGCGGUGUAGUCGCAUUCACUGGUCAGACAAAUGCUGUGCAAGCUAGUCAGUGGCAGGAUCCGAAUUGGGGUGCCCAAACCGCAGGUUCUGGAGGUGGAUGGCAAGGAGGUAGGGGGCGAGGCAGAGGAUUGAUGGCUGGACGUGGCGAUACCCUCGGGCACGGCAAAUACCGAGACGGUGGACACUGGGAUGAAGAUGCUCAACACUCGGACGCCAUAGUCCUAGGCGAAACAGGUGGCCAGGAUAGUAGUCACGGUGAAGAGCAGACUCAACAAUGCACUCUAUUUUCUGCUGCCUUGCCAAGUGCAGAGAUGUGGAUCGGCGUAGCUGACACUACUACAGACAUGGUCAUCGAAUGCGCAGUAUGUCAGUGA